CCAACCGCGUUAAGCAAGCGAGGAAGUCACAUAGGGAAGUCAGCCCUGAUUCCAGACCAUGUUCCAGACCAGCUAGCUGAGAGCUAGCUUCACCCGGGAGGCUUGAAUCUCCAGUUUCAGAGGUCUGUGUUGGCUGUGGACGAAACUGAAGGAAGAAGACACAAACAGGAGACAAACUGGAGUAAAAUACAUGGAGUACAGCCGGUUGGUCGGGGACGUUCUAUCUCCAGAGUCAACUGUGACCUCCCUGCUGUCCAGCUCAGGUCACCUGAGGAGCGGUCUGCUGGCUCCUGAACACAACGCCACCUUCAGAUACAGAGACAAGGAAUAUGAGUCGGCUUCGGCAGCGUUGGACGCCUACAUCACAGACUUCGAGAGGAGUCGACAGAGCAGAGAGUCUUCUACGGGAAAGCUGGUUCUGCCUCAGAGUCCACGCUCCACACCGAGCAGAGCUGGAGUGAGCACGCUCAGGAACAAAGAUGUCCUCCGGGAGCGUCUGACGGAAAGGGAGCUGGACUUCCUGAACCUCCCCGUCAGCUCGCUCCAUCAUCGCAGCAACAGAGACAGACUCUCCAUGACCACUGAUGAGUUACUGUCCAUCCCUCAUGAUGGCUCCAUGCCCAUCACCCACACCUCUGCCUUCAUCCAGGGUCUCGUGUCCCGAUCUGCAGCCCCUCAGCCUCGCUUCACCUCCUCGAGACCUGCACACAGAACCUGGGACAGACCCGGCUGCAGCCACACCACCCCGGGACUAAACCUGCACCACUCUCACCCAACCAGGGCACACAGAAGCUUCAUAGGGAGACAAGGAGCAGCCAUGUUGAGACCAGAUGCCGACGUCUCCUCAGGCAGCUACUCAAGGUCUGCACACAGAGCAGCAAGAUCAGAGCGAGCAGACCCGUCUUCGUCCUUGCUCCACCUCCCUCACUGGUUCACCAGCAACAAGUCUGAAAUGAACUUCUCAGGAAUCACCAGCGUGCCCGACCUGAAGUAUCCGGCCUGGAUCCAACGCUGUGACCUAAGCGAGCCGCCAACGCCUGCAGAGUCCGAGCUGUGGGACGGUGUUUCUCUACCCGCACAUCACAAAACAGGAGCUCCAUCCUGGGUGGAGGAGCUGGAGGAGGAUGAUCCAGAGCAGAUGCCGGCUCAGGCCGACAGCUGGCAGACUCUCAGAGAUCUCAGGCUUCAGUUUGCUGAACAGAUUUCUCUCCUUGCCUCAGAGAAGAGAGGCUCCAACGUCAUGGAGACUCUUUUCAAAAACAACAGGAUCGAGUCUCUGAUCCAGAAGGCCGAUCAGGUGUUGAACUCUCUCUCUCAGAGCUCUGGAGGGGCCGACAGUCGUUCACAGUCAGUCAGUAUCUCUGAUUGUAUUGAAGAAGACGUGGGUCGUCUGAACUCAGAGGAGCAGCUCCACUGGAGUCAUUUAACUCGGGACUCAGUAGCAGCAGCAGCAGCAGGUCACGCUGACGAGGUUCAGGCUGACAGAGGAGUUCAGGCUCAGGGCUGCGUCUUCAAGCAGCCGGGUCCAGCAGAGGCUCUGAAGCAGAUGCUGUUCAGGCUGCAGGCAGUGGAGGCGGAGCUUCAGAGACGACCGCGGACACCAGGAGCUCCAGGAGACGGGUUACAGGCGGAGGAGACUCCAGUGAAGCAGCAGAGACCUGAGGAAGAAAACAAACUCUGUGCUCUCAUGUUUAGUCUGAGGGAAAAGUCAAGGACUGAAUCUAAAGAGUCAAAGAUAAGAACAAAACCUGAAUCGGAAGAAGAGCUGGAGAGCGUUUUUGGAGGAGCGUCUCUGCAGAGAGCUCUGCAUCACCUGAGCCGCCUGAAGAUGCUGGUGGAAGAACCCAGAGAGAAACGCACAGAGAACGAGGAGGAGAAGGACGAAGAUGAAGGACGCUACUCCUCCUCCUCUGCUGAAGGACUCGCUUGCUCUCUGCAGAAACCGUCCUGAGACUGAGAGCUGGUUCUUCACAGCUCCUGUCUGUCUUCAUCAUCUCCGUCUGUGUCCUUAAACAUCCUGCAGCAACAAGAGAAGCUUACACCGGAACAGAAGCUGCAGGUAUGAUGACAAUCUUCGUGUUUGGAGCCGAGCCAGCAGGGGGCGCUGUUUCAUGCUGACAUUUAACACGCCAGUUUCUUCAUUUAAAAAUGCCAUAACUGUUUCAUGCUAAUGGAAACACGUUGCAAUGCUAGUCACGAGUAACUGUUACACGCCAAACUUUACUUUGUUGAAACCUGUUGUUGAUAUGAACAGCGUUUCACUUCACCAGUGUUACAGAUUCAUAAUGCUAAAUAUUAGCAUAAACAUGCUACUAACAUGCAUUUGUUUACAAUAAGGAUUUUAUGCUAAUGCUACAGUAUUGCAAUGCUCAAGUUCAGCUCAUUGCAACACUACAUGUUACAUUUUUAACUUCACAUUCAAAAGAAAGGAUGAAAAGAAAACAUAUCUAAAAAUUUGAAGUUAUAUAUUUUAAAUACUGAUACAUGAAGCACUUUGAGGUGAAAAGUGAAUGUUUUAUUGUUCUAAAUGUGCAAACUGAGGGCGUCUACUGUGCUUAAAUUCACACAUUACAGAUUUAUAUUGCAUUUUAGACACCACCUGUUGAAUCAGAAUUACUGUACAAGACAAGAAGCGUUAGAAUCCUGAGUGAGGGAUUAAAAAUUAGGGUAAAAUAAUCCCCUGAAUGCAUCUAUGUCAAAGUGAAGAGGCCAAAUGUUUGCUUUUAGUGCAGGUUAUCAGUGUAAGUUUAUGAUGAAGGUGGAACAAGAAGUUUGAGGAAGAGUGUCUGAAGAAGUUCAGCUUUAGCUUCUUAAAGUGUCCGAGUGUUUACGACUGAAGUGCCAAAAAAAAACACGCCUCAUAAAGUCUGUAACGAAGGUUUUUACACAUGAACUUGAUGUAUGUCAUUGUUGGUCCUGUUACAUUAUUUUUUAAAGGUCUUGAAAGUCAGUUACUUACUUUAACUCUCAUCCUUCUGUUGAACUUUAUUUAGUCUGAUUCGGACACGUUUUAUUUGUAUGUUUGUUCAGUUUCAGAUGAAAAGAUGAACUUGUGUUUCUUAAAAUGCCACCUGCUCACAUUAAAGCAGUGUCUCUACCUUCAA